UACGCGAGUGUGUGUGUGAAUGAAACAGAGGUGCUACAGUUUCUGUGGACUUUCAGCUCUUUCAGUCGCCUUUAUUUUCAUGGCGCAUUCAUGAAUCCCUUUGAUUAGCACGACUCUUUAGGUGAAACCAGGAUGAACCAUGAUAGAGGGAUGAGCAAUAGUCACUACCAUUAUGACGACGACGAAGACGAAGAUCAUCAGUCUAUUUACAUCGGCGUUCCCGUACCACGGGGCUACAGGCGCAAGCGACGCCGGAGGCACUCGUCCAUCUCCAGUCAUGACAUCACAGAUAUCGAAAGGAAUGUUCGCGAGGAUCGGCAGCGCCACGAGCGCUACGAGUCCGAGGACACCGAACGCUACGAUCUGGAGCAACAAGAACGCAGCCUCCAUCCACCUGAAGUCACUCGCACCAUGUCCCCAGCUGCAGAGCGCCUGAGAUAUAUUUUAGGAGAUGAAGAAGACGCCAUGCCCACGCCCACCCUCUUCACCGAGAUGGAUACACUCCAACACGAGGGAGACGAGCUCGAGUGGAGGGAGUCAGCCAGGUGGGUAAAGUUCGAGGAAAAGGUUGAGGAGGGCGGGGAGCGCUGGAGCAAACCGCACGUCUCCACGUUGUCUCUGCACAGCCUGUUCGAGCUCCGCACGUGUCUGCAAACGGGCGUAGUGCUGCUGGACCUGGAGGGCUACUCACUCCCUCAGAUCGUUGAUGACAUAAUCGAGCGCCACAUCGAGGAGGGCAUGUUGAGUCCGGAUCUAAGGGACAAGAUCAGCUUCGUGCUGCUGAGGAAACAUAGACACCAGACCAAGAAACCCAUCCACCGCUCGCUGGCCGACAUCGGCAAAGGAAGCUCCGCCCCCAGUCGUAGUCCAGCCCGGAUUCCAGAAACCGCUUCCAGCUUCAAUCGCUCCACAGAGGAUCUGCACAACAAACACGGCGGCAACUACGGGCGACUUCGUCACGCCCAGAGCAGGAGUAUGAAUGAUAUCGUGGACACGCCAAGCACCGACCAGCUAAAGAACAAGUUCAUGAAGAAGAUCCCCAGGGAUGCUGAGGCCUCCAAUGUGCUUGUUGGUGAAGUGGACUUCCUUGACAAACCCUUUGUGGCCUUUGUACGACUUGCGCAAGCCACAACACUAGGAGGCCUGACCGAGGUUCCAGUUCCCACCAGGUUUUUGUUUGUGCUUCUGGGCCCCACUGGCAAAGGCAAGUCCUACAACGAAAUUGGACGUGCAAUUGCUACACUAAUGGUGGAUGAUCUCUUCAGUGACGUGGCGUAUAAGGCCCGGGACCGAGAGGAUCUAAUUGCGGGCAUCGAUGAGUUCUUGGAUGAGGUGACUGUGCUUCCACCUGGCGAAUGGGACCCCAAAAUUCGCAUUGAGCCACCCAAAAAAGUGCCCUCUGCUGACAAGAGGAAGUCGGUGUUCUCUCUGAACGAGCUGGGCCAGAUGAAUGGCAACGCAGGAGCCGGGGGUGGUAGUGCAGAGGAUGAGGAGAUGCCCGUGCCACACGAGCUCGGUGAAGAGCUGGCAUACACAGGCAGGUUUUGCGGAGGUCUGUUCCUGGACAUCAAAAGAAAAAUACCAUGGUAUCUCAGCGACUUCUAUGAGGGUUUUCACAUCCAGUCGAUCUCAGCCGUGCUCUUUAUAUACCUGGGCUGCAUCACCAAUGCAAUUACCUUUGGUGGCCUGCUGGGAGACGCGACAGACAAUUACCAGGGAGUGAUGGAGAGUUUCCUGGGUACAGCCUUGGCUGGGACGGUCUUCUGCCUUUUUGGCGGUCAGCCCCUCAUUAUCCUCAGUUCCACCGGACCCAUCCUUAUCUUCGAGAAGCUGCUUUUUGAAUUCAGCAAGAGCAGCGAUAUUGACUACAUGGAGCUGAGGUUGUGGAUCGGCAUGCACUCGUGCCUCCAGUGCUUAAUCCUGGUGGCCACCGACGCCAGUUACAUCAUCAAAUACAUGACGCGCUUCACGGAGGAGGGCUUCUCCAGCCUCAUCUCCUUCAUCUUCAUCUCGGACGCUAUCAAGAAGAUGGCUGGUUCCUUCAGCUACUAUCCCAUCAACACCAACUUCCAGCCGGACUUCAUCACCUCGUACAAGUGCGAGUGUGUCGCGCCAGACACGAUUCCUGUGCUCGAUAAUACGUCUGUUCUCUCCGGUAUGAAUAUAACAGCUCUGGACUGGAGUCAGCUCAGCAAGAAAGAGUGUCUCAAAUACGGCGGCCAGCUGCUGGGAAGCUCCUGCAAGUUCAUCCCAGAUCUGGCGCUCAUGUCCUUCAUCUUGUUCUUCGGCACCUACUCCAUGACUGUCUCGCUGAAGAAGUUCAAGUUUAGCCGCUACUUUCCGACCAAGAUGAGGAAGCUCAUCAGUGACUUCUCCAUCUUCAUGUCCAUCAUGACGUUCGUGGGUUUGGACAUGCUCAUGGGGCUGAAGACUCCCAAACUAAUAGUGCCAACUGAGUUCAAGCCCACACGCCCAGACCGCGACUGGAUCGUCAUGCCGUUUGGGAAAAACCCGUGGUGGGUGUGUGUCGGGAGCUUCGUUCCCGCUCUCCUCGUCACCAUCCUGAUGUUCAUGGACCAGCAGAUUAGCGCCGUCAUCGUCAACAGGAAGGAGAACAAACUGAAGAAAGGGUGCGGGUACCACCUGGACCUGUUUUGGGUCGGUGUCCUGGUGUUCGCCUGCUCGUUUAUGGGCCUGCCAUGGUAUGUAGCAGCUACGGUCAUCUCCAUCGCCCACAUCGACUCCCUGAAGAUGGAGAGCGAGUCCAGCGCUCCGGGAGAACAGCCACAGUUCCUGGGUGUGAGGGAACAGCGACUCACAGGAAUCCUCGUCUUCAUCCUAACCGGAGUCUCCAUCUUCCUCGCCCCGAUCCUGCAGUUCAUCCCGAUGCCGGUGCUCUAUGGGGUGUUUCUCUACAUGGGCGUCGCGUCUCUUGGGGGCAUCCAGUUCUGGGACAGGAUCAAACUGUUCCUGAUGCCGGCAAAGCACCAGCCGGACUACGCCUACCUGCGGCACGUUCCUCUCCGGAGAGUUCACCUGUUCACUCUGGUGCAAGUCAUCUGCCUGACCGUCCUCUGGGUCCUCAAAUCCACCUUCCUCGCCAUCAUCUUCCCCGUCAUGAUCCUGGGCCUGAUGUUGGUGCGCAAGCUGCUCGACAUGGUGUUUUCUCAGCACGACCUGGCCUGGAUCGACGACCUCCUGCCCGGGAAAGAGGAGAAGAAGGAUGACAAGAAGGAGGACGGUGGAAAGAAGGAAAAGAAGAAGGUCAGGAGAGAAGAGGAGAGUGAGGAUGAGGAGAAGUUCCACCCGUACACUGACUGUGCUGUGGACGAUUUGGACGUAGACCGCAGGUACUGUGUGCUCAAACUGCACGUCCCCUACCGAGACCUCUUAGAUCCCCCUGACUCGGGCUCUGAGUGGGCUGCACGCUGUCAACCGGGCACCUUUUACCGCUGAUGUGCACUAACCACGCACACACACACACACACACACACCAGAUUUGUACCUUCGUACAGGUUUUUCCGAAUAUAUAUAUUAAGAGAAAUUUCUUCCUAAAAAUUAUUUUACGUAUUAUUUGGACCCACGACGUGUUUAAAUGCGCCACGUACAUUUCCGUGCACCUGUAAGCAAUGCAGAUAGAUCGGAUCCCGCACAUCUGUCCAGAUGUUCCCGGGUUCGUGUUAGGUAACGGGUUUUGUUUGCGUUUCGCAAAAAGCCGAGACGCAACACAGGCGCAGACAAAAAGGGCGCAUGUUUUGUUUUUCGCAGCAGGUUGUUUUGGUUGUUUCUUUCUGGUUGUAUCUGGGGUGUGCUUUAAGCCCCCUUUUUUUUGUUGUUUUAUGUAUUUUUUUUCUGACCGCAGUUAAACGGAAAAUCCUCUGACAAGAGCGACUGAUUUAGUCCAGAAUCAAUGUCCUGGACUUCUCAUUUGCUUUAUUUCAUCUUUAUUUUAAUGUCCUGGAAAUGUGCUAAACCAAAAAACCAAAACAAAUACACUCUGUGGACAAAAAGUAUUCGGACACCCUGACUUCUCCGGCCAUAUGUGCUUCUUUCCAUCCGUAUUUUGGACUAGCAUGAGAUUUUGCCUACACUUGAACUUGGACACCCCGAAUCCGUUCCAGCAUGACAUAAGGAUCUUCAACUUCAUCAGGACCUGAAAUCAUGAACACCCCUGCGUCUGAAAUCUCCACAAAAUCUAGUGAAACAUCAUCCCAGAAGAGAGGAGGUUCUAAUCACAGAACAUAUAGUCUAGAAAAUAUUAAAUAUAGGAUAUAGAAAUUAAGGAAAAAUAUCUAGAAAUCGAAUUCAUUCUCAUAUAAUUGGAAUCGUGGAAAUGGCCAUUAUGAGAUCAAUCUAAAUAUUCAUAUUCCAGAUGUUUUUGUUUAUGGAUAUACGGAUGCGAUUUUGGCACCUGGAUACCGAAUGAGUUGCAGGUCUGAAUCCAUCCGUCUGAUCCGCAGAGUAAUGGAAGGAUGAGCUCAGGUGAGGUGGCUUUCAGAGCAGCUGCAGACUGGAUGAGAUCACGUCUCAGAGCGGGGACACGUCUGGCCAAAUGUUUAUUACCACAUCAUUAAUAAAGCAGGUCUUUUUUUUUUUUGCGCAAGACAAACUUCAGGUUGCCAUACAAAGAUUUCUUUUGUUCCUUCUUUCAUUUCUUCCUUCCUUUCAUCUUUUUUUCCUAAAAUAUCCAUCAUUCAUUCCUUCAUUUUGUCUUUUAUUCCAUCCUUCCUUG